GCGUCUCCAAAAAUAGACAGUUGUCAUUUUUUGUCAAAGUUAGUGACUUGUGUUUUCCUUGUCUGUAUUUGAAAAAUUAUCAAAAAUGCCGAUCGAAAACCUGGAAGACCAAGGCCUGGAGAAAAACCCCGACCUCGAACUUGCCCAUUGCAAGUUUUUACUCACCCUUCCCGAGUACAGAAACGACCGCUUUGUCCACCAAAAAAUCACCGAUGCCAUCAAAAAAGACGACAUGGCCCCUUGGUACGAGCUCAUUAUCAAGGACUGCGGCUGGAAAAAAGACGCCAAUUUUCUCAAAACCAUCCAAGCGAAGAACGCUGAAGAAAUCAAAAAGUUGGAUGCGGCGAUUGAAGACGCUGAGAAGAAUUUAGGCGAGAUGGAAGUCCGUGAGGCGUAUUUGAAGAAAGCGGAGUAUUAUAGUCGGAUUGGUGAUAAGGACAAUGCCGUAGCGACUUUCCGACAAACUUAUGAUAAGACGGUGUCUUUGGGGCACCGUCUCGAUAUUAUUUUCCAUUUAAUCAGAAUCGGUUUAUUCUUCAUGGACCAUGACAUUAUUACUCGUAAUAUAGACAAAGCGAAAAGUUUAAUUGAGGAAGGGGGCGAUUGGGACAGACGUAACAGACUUAAAGUCUACCAGGGGGCUUACUGUAUGGCAGUCCGUGAUUUCAAGACAGCCGCCAAUUUAUUUUUAGACACAGUCAGCACUUUCACAUCGUACGAAUUAAUGGAUUAUAAAGCUUUUGUCAGAUACACCGUUUACACAUCAAUCAUAAGUUUACCACGGAACCAAUUGAGAGACAAAGUGGUUAAAGGGUCGGAAAUUUUGGAAGUUUUACACUCUGAAGCCUUCGUCAAAGACUACUUGUUUUCGUUGUAUAAUUGCCAGUAUUCCGAAUUUUUCAACAAUCUCGCUGAGGUUGAGACAGUUUUGCGCAAGGACUACUUCCUCAACCCUCAUUAUCGCUACUACGUCCGUGAGAUGAAAAUUUUGGCAUACACCCAGUUAUUGGAGUCUUACAGGUCCCUAACUUUGCAAUACAUGGCCGAAGCGUUUGGUGUCACAGUUGAAUUUAUCGAUUCGGAAUUAUCUACAUUUAUUGCAGCUGGAAGAUUGCACUGCAAAAUUGAUCGAGUCGGGGGAAUUGUCGAAACAAAUCGCCCCGAUUUGAAAAAUGCACAGUUUAAUUCCGUUGUUAAACAAGGAGAUUUAUUACUCAAUCGUGUGCAAAAACUCUCAAGAGUCAUUAAUAUAUAAUUUUGUACUUGUAAUCGCUAGUAAUAACAAUUAUUAAUCCGUUA